AGUAGGAAAGCAAGGCAACGACCGGCGGUGGUCUAUCAACGGUCAAUUGGAGUCCGCUUGCCAGUUCCGAAACCCAAUUUCAAAGAGAAGGAUAACCUGAAAACCUAAUUAAAACUACCUUCUACAGUGCAGCUUCCAUUCAUCUCAUCUAUUACCAUUUCUCUCUCUCUCGAAGAAUCAAUAGAGACCUAAUUCUCAUUCACUUUGGCUAAACCCUAUCAAUGGACGGGCAUUCAUCGCAUUUGACAGCGCCGGUCCGUUCACGGAGUUCUCAAUCUCCGUCGCCCUCGCACUCGGCCUCGGCCUCCGCCACGUCGUCUAUCCACAAGCGAAAACUGCCGCCCGAGGACCACGCACCGCCGUUUCCCCCAUCGUUAUCCGACACGCGAGACGGUGCUCUCACAUCGAAUGAUGACUUGGAGAGUAUCAGCGUCCGCGGCGCCGACUCGGACUCCGAUGACGAGUCCGAGGAGGUUGUAGACGAUGAGGAGGAAGAGUACGACAACUCCUCAAUGCGGAAUUUCACGUCGUCUCGGCUGGAGAACAGCAACGCCGCUGGCCCCGCGGCGAGGAACACCAAGAUCAAGGCUGAGAAUUCGGUGAAAGUUGAGCCCGCUGACGUGGCGAAGGAUGGUAAUAAUAGUAAUAACAACAAUUCAGGCAAUGCUGCGACAACAGGGACCAAUGGUUCGGUUCCGGGCAUUGUGGUGAAGGAGGAUACCGUGAAGAGUAUUUUCACGGAUAAUAUACAGGCCAGCGGCGCUUACAGUGCGAGGGAGGAGAGUUUGAAGAGAGAAGAAGAAGCCGGAAGGCUCAAAUUUGUUUGUGCUUCAAAUGAUGGUGUUGAUGAACACAUGGUCUGGCUGAUAGGAUUGAAGAACAUUUUUGCCAGGCAACUACCUAAUAUGCCAAGAGAAUACAUUGUUCGUCUCGUCAUGGACAGAAACCACAAGUCUGUCAUGGUUAUCAGAAGGAAUCUGGUUGUUGGUGGUAUUACAUAUCGCCCCUAUAUCAGCCAAAAAUUUGGGGAGAUAGCUUUUUGUGCAAUCACGGCAGAUGAACAAGUUAAAGGCUAUGGCACCCGUCUUAUGAAUCACUUAAAGCAGCACGCACGUGAUGUGGAUGGCCUAACACAUUUCCUCACAUAUGCUGAUAAUAAUGCUGUUGGUUACUUUGUCAAGCAGGGCUUCACAAAAGAAAUUUACUUGGAGAAAGAACGAUGGCAUGGCUAUAUUAAAGAUUACGAUGGAGGGAUCCUUAUGGAAUGCAAAAUUGAUCCAAAGCUUCCAUAUACUGAUCUAUCAACUAUGAUACGUCGUCAGAGGCAGGCAAUUGAUGAAAAGAUUAGGGAGCUCUCAAAUUGUCACAUUGUCUACCCUGGAAUUGAUUUCCAGAAGAAAGAAGCCGGUAUUCCCAAAAAAUCCAUCAAGGUUGAAGAUAUACCUGGCUUGAGAGAGGCUGGCUGGACCCCUGAUCAGUAUGGUCAUUCUCGAUUUAAAACAGUCAACUCAUCAACAGAUGCUGCCUCACAUCAGAAAUCUUUGACUGCAUUCAUGCGCUCACUUAUAAAGGCAAUGCAUGAUCAUCCUGAUGCUUGGCCGUUCAAGGAGCCUGUUGAUGCACGUGAUGUGCCUGACUACUAUGACAUCAUUAAAGAUCCAAUGGAUUUAAAAACAAUGUCGAAGCGAGUAGAAUCUGAGCAAUAUUAUGUGACAUUUGAGAUGUUUGUGGCUGAUGUUCGGAGAAUGUUCUCGAACGCACGCACCUACAACUCUCCCGAAACAAUCUAUUAUAAAUGUGCAACCAGGUUGGAAGGACAUUUCUCAGCCAAAGUUCAAGCUGGUCUCCAAUCUGGUAUCAAGAUUCAGCCAUAAUCCAGUUCUUGCUUUCAUGGGAUUGAUCACGAAUGCAAUGACUAUCCUCAAACUUCCUAACUCCAUUCAGUCACUUUGAGGGUAUGUUGUCUCCAGCAAAAUAUAAAACAUUUAUUUUACUGGACAGACUCUAUCGGGGACAGUAAAAAAUGUAAAAUGUGACGAAAAAAAUACAUACAUUGAUAUAAACUUUCAAGGAAAAGACGAUGGAAAAUGUACCGUGGGUAUACUUGCACUUUCACUUCCAGU